AUGAAUGACACCUCCGCCGGGGACGCUUCGUUGUAUCCUACCGACUAUGGUGAUGUAAAUUUGACCUGCAGGUCUUUCUUUCGCCCGCUUUGCAGCAGGUAUUUAGCAAUACAUGAAUUCAUUCAGUGCAUUAGAGAAAUAAUGCGAGUAGAUAGGAGUUCAUGGUCUGCCGAGUGCCGUUAUAUCAUUUCCUCAAAAUAG